AUGGCUUUCUUGAUAGAUAACGGGAUUUUAGGUAUCUCCAGCAGCCACGGAGCUCCUCUUGUGUUGCAUUUAUGGAUCAUACACGAGCAAAUGUCUCUGAUAUCGCUACAUGACUUGCCCGAGUUUGAGAACAAGGCUACGAGGAUCCAAAGGCGGUUGCUUGAAGGGGCCAACAAACUAAGGAGAGGGGAGAAAGAUGACAUGGAAGGCGUUGAGGAAGACAUCAACAAAUUAGAACUGAUGGUUAAGUACAAGGAUGAGUUUAACAUAGUCGAUGAUCGACGUCGGCUCGUAGUUGAUAAACUAAGGGACGGGCUAGAAAAUAUUCGAAAUGUAGAGACACGGAUUGAGGCGAGCAAUGUGACGGGGGAGGAACGAGGAGGAGACAGCGGAGAACAACCAGAACAAGAACAGGGACUAGGACAAGGACAAGAACAGCAACAGCAACAGCAACAGCAGCAACAGCAGCAACAGCAGCAUGAGUUUGUUGUGUAUCACGAGCCUGUGAAUGCCGAGGAGAUUGAGCGGCAACACUAUGAAGCUGUGCAAAGAGAGGUUGAAAUCAACAAGAUUGUCAAUUCGGUUGGGGAGUUGAACCAGAUAUUCCAUGAUUUGGACACACUGGUCAAUAAUCAAGGCGAGCUUAUUGACAAUAUUGAGAGCAACAUCUACAGUGCGUUGGAUAACAGUAGAAAUGCGGCGAGAGAGUUAUACAAGGCAGACCGAUGGGAUCGCAAGAGGCGGAGAUGCAGUUAUUUAGUGGCGAUAGUUGGUGUGUUCUUUCUGUUGAUAGUUAUGGUAAUACUGGUAUGA